UACUCACCUCUACUAUCAAGCUUCACUCCACUUGCCAAUUCAAUCGAUCGGUCGCGGACGCGGUAUAGUAUAGUCGUGUGUUACUGGUGUUGUAGUACCUCUCGGUGGUUUUAACCAUGUCUCUUUUCAGAAUUUCAUCAACGAAAAUAUUGGAAUUGCAGAAAGCAUGUCCAACGGCAUCGAUUCUGCUAAGGGGUCUUAGCGCUGAACAGACUAAUCUCAAGAGUGUUUUGCAAGAGAAGAUCCCCAGAGAACAAGAGAAGAUUAAGGAGUUUCGUAAAAAACAUGGAGGUACCAAAGUCGGAGAGGUCACCGUUGACAUGAUGUACGGCGGUAUGCGAGGCAUCAAAGGCCUGGUAUGGGAAACCUCUGUGCUAGAUCCAGACGAAGGUAUCCGGUUCCGUGGGCUCUCCAUUCCUGAAUGCCAACAACAAUUGCCUAAAGCUAAGGGAGGGGAGGAACCCCUUCCUGAGGGUCUGUUCUGGCUCCUUGUCACAGGAGAAAUACCCACCGAAGCCCAAGUUCAAGCUAUUUCUAAAGAAUGGGCUCAAAGGGCUGAGUUACCAGCGCAUGUAGUAACCAUGUUGAACAAUAUGCCAAGCAAAUUACACCCCAUGUCUCAAUUCUCUGCUGCCGUCACUGCCUUAAAUAGCGAAUCCACAUUCGCAAAGGCCUAUUCCGAAGGAGUCCACAAAUCUAAAUAUUGGGAGUACGUUUACGAAGACUCCAUGAACUUAAUCGCAAAGCUGCCAGUAAUCGCAGCUACCAUCUACCGCAACACCUACCGCGACGGCAAGGGAAUUGGCGCAAUUGACGACAACAAGGAUUGGUCUGCCAACUACUGCACUAUGCUGGGUUUCGAUGAUCCCAAGUUCACCGAACUUAUGCGCCUCUACCUCACGAUUCACAGUGACCACGAGGGCGGCAAUGUAUCGGCUCACACGACGCAUUUGGUGGGCUCAGCUCUCAGCGAUCCCUACCUUUCCUUUGCCGCAGGUCUGAACGGCCUUGCUGGACCCCUGCACGGCCUGGCCAACCAGGAGGUACUCGUCUGGUUGGAAAAGUUACGCAAACAGGUUGGUGAUAACUUCACGGAAGAUCAAUUGAAGGAAUUUAUCUGGAAGACUCUGAAAUCUGGUCAAGUCGUUCCCGGAUAUGGACACGCUGUGCUCAGAAAGACUGACCCCAGAUAUACCUGCCAACGGGAGUUCGCUCUCAAGCAUCUGCCAAACGACCCGCUGUUCAAGUUGGUCGCAGCUGUGUACAAAGUAGUGCCUCCGAUCCUAACUGAGUUAGGCAAAGUUAAGAACCCAUGGCCAAAUGUGGACUCCCACUCUGGUGUCCUAUUACAGUAUUACGGUCUGAAGGAGAUGAACUAUUACACGGUGAUGUUCGGCGUGUCGCGCGCGCUCGGAGUGCUCGCCCAGCUCAUCUGGUCUCGCGCGCUCGGCCUCCCCAUCGAGCGACCCAAGUCGCUCAGUACCGAGCUCCUCAUAAAACAGGUCGGCAAGUAACCGCCUAUAAUGUAGCAACAAUUCGUUAGGCUCCGAGUUUGGUGACGUGUAGUGCCCUCGACUGAUUUGAUACAGUUCGAUUCACACAAUACACAAAUAGUCAAUUUUAUUUAAUUUUAUAUUUAAAAUAAAAUAUAUUGUAAGCGUAAAUUUUGAUGUAACGAAAUGGAAUUUUUAUAAAAUGUUAUACCGUUUCAGUAGUCGUAAGCGUAAUAUUGCUUUGUAUUAUGUUUAAAUAUUACUAUCAUCUUUAUUGUACUUCUUAAUAAUUAUGUACUUAUUCCUAUGUGAUAAUAUUAUGUAUAUUUUGUAAAUUUUGUACUAUAUUUAAUUGGAUUGUAAUUUUUUUUAUGUAAAUCUUUAAAUUAUAUAAAUUGACUAGUGUAGUAGUGUGAUUCAACUGGUUCCGUAUCUUCUGUCGUAUGUAAACGAACUAACAGUGAUAUGAAUUAUUGGGUCAUUAGAUCACUAUUGUUGUAGGGUAUUUAGAUAUAGUUAAAUAGAAUACUGUAUGCAGUGCAUUACCUUAGAAAAUAUUACAGAAAAAAUUUGCAAGGGACCCAUUAUUCAUAAAUACGUUCAUUUUACUUUAUGUGGAAUAAUAAUUGUAACAAUAAAUAGACCCAGUUGCGAAUGUAUGGUCUAUAUUAGGUACUUAGAGAGGUGUGAUUUGUUUUCUUUAGAAAACAAAUUUAUAUCUUACUUCGCUAUACUUUCCUUAGCAGCUCUUCUUUCUCAUUUCUGUUAUUUAAUUGUCUUGAAUCAUGUUUAGCUAUACUGUAAUGUAAUUAUUUGUUACCAAAGUAUUUAUAUAUUAUGUUGUAUAUAAAGAUACAAAAUCAUUAUUUUUAAUUAAUGAAUGAGUCGCUGUAUUGAUAGCCAUAUCAUUUUCAGUUUUAAAAUUGUGAAAAUAUUCUAUUGCAAAUUAUGAUUUCGAUCAGUAAUUCAGUUUUUUUUGAUGUGGCUAUUAUGGUAUUAUUAUCAUUAAUCUUAAUUCACUUGUUGUCAUUGAUAUUUAUUGCAACAUUUCAUAGUAGUUUGACAGUAUGUGUGAAUUUGCUGUGGUGUGGACAUUGGUUUAACAAGUGAUGGUGCCUCGUCUUCAAUCGGCGCGAUUCAAUAAUUCAAUUCGACAAUACUAAAAAUAAAUUGGUAUGGUGUA